ACGAGACGUGCGAAAACAAACCCUCAGUAUAUUUAUUACCCAUCUCUCUAAGUCACCGUAGUUGUCCAAUACCAACUCCUCUCUACAGUCUACACGUCCUCCAUCGAGCCCUUCUCAGCCCUACGAUGUAAUUCCCCACCGUAGAUACUCGUAUCCAGCCGUAGAUUUCUCGUAGUCGAGACAUCGAAGAGAGAGGUCCCCCAAGAUCACCACCCUCUUAUCUCCCUGCUCUUCCCCGCUUCCCUUCCCUCCUUUUUCCCUCCUUUCAAAACCCUAGAAACAACAACUCAAAACCCUAGAAAUUCUCCUCCUCCUCCCCUUAUCCCACUCGCUCUUUUUUUGGAUAUACUUAAAAUUUUCUGAUCGGUUCUCCGAUCCCUAUAACGUUGAAUCACUCCCUGGGAGGCCCCGUGCCCUAAAUCCCUCGAUUCGGUCCGGCGCGGUCCGGAAACCCCAAUUUGGUGCAAGGGAUUCGUUCUUUCUUCUUCUCGAUUCGUUUCCGGGAUUGGGAUUUGUAUUUGAGUCGAAAUUUUGAAACCAAAGGGUCCGUUGUGCGGUUUUUCUUCAGUUUUUUUUGAAAACUAGGGCAUCCCCCAACAGGGGAAGCUCGCAUUUUUUAGGCCUUCUUCAACCGUUUAACGAAUUGGACAUCAAGUUCCUAGCUUGCGCUUAGUAGGUUUACUUCUCCAUUCGUUUGUUGAAUUGGGUGGUGUUUUGUGGAAGCUCGCAUGCUCUGCACUCUGGGGUAAGGAGCCGAAUGCUGAGGUCGUCAGCUCGUUGAGUAGCUUUUGAGCUUCGUAUUAAUUUCAGCCAGGUUUUUUAGUAGCUUUGGAGUGUUGAAUUGCUCGCUGGGGUUUUGUUUUGAGUUUGUGAUUGGGCAUUGGAGGUGGUGGCAUGAGCAGGGGAGGAGUGAGUGGAUUAUUGGACGGGACAUGAGCAGACAUGAGUAGGUUGUCGUUCAGGCCUCGUCCCCUUGACAUCCAUAAGAAGCUCCCAAUCCUCAAAUCCAGCAAGGACUUUGAGGACGAUGAGGCUCCUAGCACUGCUUCCUCUACACGCAACUCCCAGUUGCUCCGGCUUGUCGCUGAAGCUGACAAUGAGGUGCACCAGAAUUCUAUCAAGAAAAGUUCCUCUGAGAUACCUACUCCACAAUUCAAGGUUGUGGAUACAUAUGAAAGAGACUACUCUCGCACUUUCACACAGCCUCCAUCAUAUUUACGUGGAAGAGGAGCCAGGGUAGAGAACUGGGAGUUUGCUGAGUAUGACCUGGACAAUGAGGAUGAAGAUUGGCUUCAACAGUUCAACAAUGAAAAGAAAAUCCUUGCACCUGAAAAGUUUGAGACUUUAUUGUUUAAAUUGGAGGUUUUGGAUCAUAAAACUCGAGAAAGAGCAGGAAUCAUGGCUCCUGCUUUUGGUUCUCCUGUUCCUGUUCUUUUACAGCUAGAUUCUGCAGUUGAGAGCUUGCAAGCCCAGUCUGUAAGAUUUGCAGUUUUCCGGUCUGUGUACAAUUAUUGGAGGGCAAAGCGAGAGCAAUGGCAAAAACCUAUUCUGCGGCGCUUGCAGCCUCCUCCACCAGUUAAUGAUACAAAUCCAUACAAUGUGUUUAGGCCAAGAGAAAAAGCUCACCGGCUACACACAAGAAGGAUGCAAAGGCGGGAGAACAAUGUCCAAUCCUUUGAAAAACUUCGCCAGGUCAGGCAUAACUUGGAUCAGGCAAGGACAGUACUGGAAGCUUUGAUCAAGAGGGAAGAGAAGAAGCGAGAGCUCAUGGAGAGUGAGGUCAGCCUUCAGAGGAUUCAAAUCAAAUAUAAGCAUGAGGCACAGCUUGUUGGAGAUGGAUUAGCACUAUCUGGCGUCCUGCCAAAUUCAUGUAAAUUUAGAUCCAGCGAGAAUGAUUUUAUGGACUAUGAUGACACCACAAAUGGUCACCGACGUGCUCAGUUGGCUGCAGUGCAGAAUCCACCCUUCACUGAUUCCAAGCUGAUAGUGAUCCCUACAGGACGAAUGAAGCGAGAAAUGAUACGGAGACCUUUACCACAUGGAUGGCUUCACAAGAAGGACCCAGAUGAACCAGUUAUGCUAUUCACAAGACCUCUUGAUCCAGAUAAGUUGGCUGCUGCCAGCAUUGUGCAGCCUCCAGAUCCACCAGUAGAGAACGGUUCAGUUGCACCAUCUUACCACUUCCAAGGGAGGAUGGGUCGGGGAGGGAGGAUCAUCUUUGACCGAUGGAAUCCACGCCUCCAAGCACCAAUUGGCAAUGAAGUCACCCCUCAUGUCCCACUAAACAGUAAACCUUCCCAACCAAAUGGUUGAGUCAGUGUUCGGGCAUGUAUUAUUUCUAUUCUUCAGCUGCAGGGUUGACUCAUUUGAGAAGGAUACUGGCAGAAAGAGUCCCAUUUCGCUUCUGAGAUGACUCAGCAGCGGGGCCUGGAGAACUCAAGGUAUAAGAUUGUCUUGAAGGUCAUACUGGGGCAAUUUUGCAGGGACAGGAAGGCUGCGUUUGUGACGUAGCAGUUGCCAGGGUUGUAGCUUGGCAUGGUUUUGGUCAGCAAAUUUGCAUGACUCUAGCAAGUUUGUUUUUUAAUGCAAGUCAUGCCGAUUCGACCGGCCUCCGCACCAUUGUACAAUUAUUCACAUCAUGGGCGAAAAUUCACAGCAUUAUUUAUCAAAAAACAAAAAUCCCAUUUUUGGGUUAUUACAGUUGAAUUCAAUAUCGUGCUAUGUUCAUGGGCCUUCAUUGGCCUCCACACCAUUGUACAAUUAUUCACAUCAUGGGGGAAAGCUGCAACAAUAUUUAUCCAGCAAUUCUCCCAUUUUUGGUUUAUUACAGUUGAAAUUCAA